CUUGCCUGUUCCAACCGGACUCGUGAAUUUAACACCGCGCCCAAAGCCCAGUUUGAUGCUCUGGCAGGCUUGCUGAGAGUGAUCUCGCUACUUAUUAGUAGCUGCGUGGCAAGAUGGGAAAGCUCAUUCGACUAGAGCUCUUCAAUUUCAAAUCAUACAAAGGGCAUCAUGUCUUGCUAUUUGGAGAUGCGUAUUUCACGUCUAUUAUCGGACCCAACGGGUCUGGGAAAUCAAACUCAAUGGACGCGAUUUCAUUCGUCCUAGGUAUCAAGUCUUCUCAUUUGCGAUCUACGAACUUGCGCGAUCUUGUCUACCGCGGCCGUGUUUUGCGCACAUCCAAAGUCGACGGUGUUCCUGCCCCCGAUGCCCCGGCGGACGGGCAAGAUGGUAACGAUCAGGCGGAGAAUGGAGUGGACGAUGAGGAAUCACAGACACAAAGCUCGUCGAAUGAUCCUAAAACAGCUUGGGUGAUGGCUGUUUACGAGGACGAUGCCGGUGAAGAACAGCAAUGGCGACGAUCAAUCACGAGCCAGGGCGUGAGCGAGUACCGAAUCAAUAACCGAAUUGUGACCGCUCAGCAGUAUAAUGAGGCACUGGAAGCAGAGAACAUUCUGAUUAAGGCGCGCAACUUCCUCGUCUUCCAGGGUGAUGUUGAGGCCAUUGCGUCACAGUCUCCGAAGGAUCUCACUCGGUUGAUCGAGCAGAUUUCCGGAAGCUUGGAAUACAAGGCGGAAUACGAACGGCUCAAAGUGGAAGCAGAGGAGGCGGCCGAGCAGCAGACUAUGCAACUUAACCGCCGACGAGCGAUCAAUUCUGAGAUCAAACAAUACCAGGAGCAGAAGCGGGAAGCAGAGAAUUAUGCUCGGAAGGCCGAGGAGAGGGAUCAGGCUAUAAUUACUCAUAUUUUGUGGAAGCUUUUCCACUUUCAACGUAUGAUUGAUGCGUCAAGCGCGGAAAUUCAAAAGUACCAGGAUGAACUUAAGGAGUAUCGCCGCGGCGUCGAGAAAUAUGAACGGAACGUUGAAGAUGCGAAGAAAGACCAUGCGAAGGUAGGAAGGGAUGUGAUGAAGGCUGAGAAGGAAAUCAACAGAAAAGAAAAAGAUGUUGAGGAGCUGAACAAUUCCCUGGUCCCUGUUGAUGAGAAGGUGGAGAUCACUCUGAAGAAGGUAGAGAGAUAUGCUUCACGGAUAGCUGAAAUCGGCAAGGAGCGAGAGUCCCAAUUGGCCAAUGCUAAGCGUCUGGGGAAGGAUUUAAAGGUCGUGGAAAAGGCCCAGGCUCAGUGGGAAUCCGAAUGGCAAAAGAGCAUGAGCAAAAAGGGGGUCGCGCUAAAUGAAGCCGAUCAACAGGAAUACAACAAGCUGAAGGAAGAAGUCAGUCGGCGUUCUUCUGCUGAGCAGCUCCGGCUUGACAAUCUGCAGCGUCAGAGAAAGACGGAGGCAGAGGCUGUCAAUAGCCUUAAGGGCAAGUUCGAAGGUUUUGAGUGGCAGCUGCAAACUCUCGAGUCCGAAUCGCAGACGCUGGCCGAGCGCAAGUCCACAGCUGACGCUACCAUCCAAUCCGCCUCCAAGGAUAUCGAUCGCAAGAAGAAAGAGCUAAAUGCUCUUACGUCCGAACGUCUUCGUAUUUCGCAAAUGAGGACAGAGCUUGAGGAAAAGCUCCAAGUGGUAUUGAAGAAGCUGCUUGAAGCCGAUGAUGGCAAGAAGCAGAGCGAAAAGGAAAUCAGGGCCAAGGAAUUAAUCUCAGCCUUGAAGCGCAUCUUCCCUGGUGUCAAGGGUCGUGUCAGCGACCUCUGCCGGCCGAAGCAGAAAAAGUAUGCUGAAGCAGUUAGCACCGUUCUUGGACGGCAUUUUGAUGCCAUUGUCGUCGAUAACGAGAAGACUGCCAAGGAAUGCAUUCAGCACCUCCGUGACCAACGGGCAGGACAGGCCACUUUCAUCCCCCUCGAGACUAUCCAAGUUAAAGCUUUCAACUCGAACCUGAAGGGUAUGCACCGGGGCAUGCGCCCGGCAAUUGAAACAGUGGACUACGAUGAUUCAGUUGCAAGGGCGAUCAGUUACGCUUGCGGAAACGCCGUUGUGUGCGAUGACCUAGCCACGGCCAAAUACCUCUGCUAUGAGCGACAUGUUGAUGCGAAGGCAGUCACCCUAGACGGUACUGUGAUUCACAAAGGUGGUCUCAUGACCGGUGGACGUGGUCCUCAACAGAAUUCAAAGCGCUGGGAGGACUCGGAGGUGGAAAACCUUUAUAAAUUGAAGGAUAAGCUAAUGUCUGACCUUGCCAAUUUGCCGAAGGGUCAUCGCCGAGGCACCGAAGAGGAGUCACUCCAAGGUGACCUAGUCGGUCUUGAACAACGCCUUGCUUACACCAGAGAUGAGGUAAAGGCGCUCGAGAGGAACCUCGAAAGCAAGCGCAGUGAGCUCAAGUUUGUCAAGAAACAACUUGAUGAGUACAGACCGAAAUACGCCGAAAAGCAGCGAGUAUUGGAAGAGCUUGACCAGGCCAUCGAUGCGUCGCAGGAGUCGGUCAGCGGUGUCGAGGAUGAGAUCUAUGGCAACUUCUGCCGCCGCCUGGGAUACGAUAAUAUCCGUGAAUAUGAGAGGCAGCAGGGGUCUCUACAAGAAGAGGCCGCACAGAAGAAGCUCGAAUUCAUGACACAGAAGAGCAGGAUCGGAAACCAGCUUAGUUUCGAAAAGCAGCGUCUACAGGCCACCGAAGAGAGGAUUAACAGUCUUAAAGCCCAGCACGAGCGGGACAUUAACUUAGUCGAGCAACUGAAGGCCGAGCAGGAAAAGAUCCGGAAUGAGCUGGAUGAGUCGAAUGCUCAGCUCGACAUCCUCCGUGAACGUCUCGAGAAGCAGAAAAGCCGUUAUGAGCAAACGGCCGAGAAUCUUGCAAACCAACGCAGGGAACUCCAGAAACGCAGUAAGAAUGUUGAAGCGUCGUUGAAGAACAUAAGUGCCUUGGAAGCGGAAGUGCAGCGCAAUUCGUCCAGCCGAUAUAGCCUUCUCCGUCGCUGCAAGCUCGAAGAUCUUGACAUCCCUCUUACGGAGAACUCGAAUUCUCUGGACAGUCUUCCUAUUGAUGAUCUUAUUCAGGGAUCUGAUCCAGAUGCGAUGGAUGUCGAUGAGGACGGCGGCGAUAGCGGCGACAAUGCAAUUGCACAGGACUACGGGAUUGAAGUUGACUUUGACUCUUUGGGAGAGACCCUUAAGGAAGAGGCGGACGAUAAACUCGAAGAGGAAUUGCAGGAGAAGAUCAGGACUUUGAAUAGUGAGCUCGACAAGAUGGUCCCUAAUACAAGGGCUAUGGACCGUCUUGAGAGCGUGGAAAACAAGCUUCGCGGCACCGAAAAGGACUUCGACGAAGCACGGAAACAUGCUCGGAAGGCGAAGGAAGACUUUGAGGCCGUCAUGCGCAAGCGCUCCGACCUAUUCAACAAGGCCUUCUCUCAUAUUUCCGAGCAAAUCGGUCCCAUCUACCGAGAGCUGACGCGAAGUGCCAACUAUCCGCUGGGUGGACAAGCCUACUUGGACAUCGAGGAUUCCGACGAGCCGUAUCUCGACGGAAUCAAAUAUCACGCCAUGCCUCCCCUGAAACGUUUCCGGGACAUGGAACACCUGUCUGGUGGCGAGAAGACCAUGGCUGCUCUUGCACUCCUGUUCGCCAUCCACUCAUACCAGCCAUCACCGUUCUUCGUGCUGGACGAAGUCGAUGCGGCUCUCGAUAACACCAACGUGUCGAGAAUCGCAAAUUACAUUCGUGACCAUGCUGCUCCUGGUAUGCAGUUUAUCGUGAUCAGUUUGAAGACGGGCCUUUUCCAGAACAGUGAGGCCUUAGUCGGAAUCUUCAGGGACCAGGUUGAGAAUAGCAGCAAGAGCUUGACGCUGGAUCUCCGGAAAUACAAUUAGUGGUUUCGUCUAUGAUAUUAUGCUAUGCCUAGACUUAGUUAAUACUACUCUGGUGCUUUAUUUGUUUCUUUCAUCAAGCCUCUAUGCUGAUUUUUAGCCCAUUGGCGAUGUAAGAGCAUAAUGAAUAGGGUUGCUCCUCCAGAAUACAUUCGAAUUCGGCAAGUUAUAAUACUCCACAUUCAUUCUGCAGAGGAGUAGCAAGGCUUUUUGAUUGCGACUGCUCAUUGUACAAUAUUGGGACUUGACUUCUUGCAGUGCCAUUGAGCAGACAUUACCCUGGGAGCAACUUCAUCACUUGUAGUACGGACGGCCUGCGUUUCCGUUCCGUUUGGAUGGGCGUGUAAUUCACCUGCUGCUCGGACGAUGGCAUAUUCUGCACUGAUGCUGCUUGUUCCACGGGCUGUGCGCUUGGUAUUCCAGAGGAUGGAGUUUGCUGCAUAUGUGCAUAGGGAACAUGCGGUCAUUGUCCCCGAAUCAGGAUCAGCUCAAGAAGACCCUGAUGAGAAGUCGAAACGAGCACUGGAUGGAGCUUUUUGAAAAGCCCGCGGCAGGUCGACGAUGAAAUUGCGGCGUCACUAAUGAGCUCAAUUCGGCGCAAUACAUCUUGUUAAGUCAUUUCUUUGCAAACAUCGACAUCUACAUGAUGGCCGUUCGGAAAUGAAGAGACUGAGAAACCUUCCCCUUCCCACGUCCAGCAAUGGGAGAAUAAGAUGAGAAUGCCCACGCACACCCUUUCACUUCAACAAAGCUUUUUGCCCAGGGCUGCUACUUGCAGAUACCAUCUUCAACGAUCUUACCCUUCUUGUCGCACACCUCGCAAUCCGGAUACCUACUGCACUCACUAUUUUUAUUGCCAGGACGUGCAGGGCGCUCAUGUCUCGGCUGCAGCUCAAGCGGAGACACUCCUCCUUCCGCCGCCGCCGCCGACGACGAGGAAUUUGCGAAUAAUACAGGCGGGCAGAUGUCCGGUCCAGGAUAAAGGAGAGCCGAACCCUGGACAUUACGACCAUCCACAUCCUUGAAGACGUUGGCAAGAUGCUCGUUUUGUUCCGGGGUGUAGAACGCAGCGUCCUCGGACAGCGCCUGCUGGAUUUGCUGCGGGCUCAGCUGCGCAUACUGUAUGACGACGCCAUUACUGUCGUCGCCGAGGUGGUAGAAGCCGUCUGGGCUUUUGGUUUUCUUGAACGGUGCGCGGAUUUCCCCGUAGGUUGGCUCUCGGGCUUCUUCGGUCUAUGAUGUUCAAAAGAAUAUACUUAGAGAUGUACUGUUUGUAGCAUAUAGGGAUACCCAGGAUCCUCGCCGGAGCAGAUGUAGCCAUGGCCGCAGCAGCAACAAGCACUGGAGAAAAGGGCAAUCUGCUUACAUGCGGCAAAUGGAAAGAGAACGAGUUCCUGUUCAUAAGUACAUCUGUCCUUCGAUCUUCUCUCAAUGUCUCCACAGGGGAAGUAAGACCUCAAAUAAUAACGAUAAUAAUAGUAAUACCCCGCGAUCCUUCGGCCUUUGCGCCGAGGGUCCUCCAAUCCCUCUGAAUGACGAAUGUGACGUAUCUACAGCCCACCGGGAGUUUGAACUGGUGGGGAGAAUAGUGCUGUGCUGCGUACAUGAGACUCUGGGUUCAGAUUGCCAAUUGGGGAAUAUCCAUAUCCAAAGAUACCACUACAUCUCGGACCGCGGUCCGGGGACCAGGGACAAUAAUGCAUGUGGAACCCUGGAUGGUAUUAAAUUCUCCACUGAGAAGGGGAUUCGCGCGUAUCCGAUUCUCCACCUGGCCUGAAAGUGCGAGUAGGAUCAUGAUCCGUGCGAAGUCAAUCGGAGUGGGUUCUCCGAGGUGUCAUUUCAGACGGAUGCAACUGUACGUGCGCCGGAGCAAUUGGACCACUAAGAUGGCCAGUGCUGGCUUUGUCGGGAAGGGUGGGCAAGAUUCUGGAGGGUUUACGGGUUGACUCCAGAGAGGAUGCAGUGGGCAGGGAUGAGUGCGACAGGUACAUACGUGGUGCUCUGAUUCCGUAGAGAAGGUAGAUCGAAAAUAGCCGGCUAAUAUGUACACAUGAAAAGCCGUCAAGGAAAGCCAUCAUCCACCAGACACCAAGUUCCCAAUCCCCUUACCAGCCCUCAGUCCAGAGAAGAUACACCCGCCCAAGAAGCCUCCCUCGAGAGCGCGGUAUCCAUGGACGCCGCCACCACCGAAGCCAGCGACCUCCCCGGCAGAGAAGAGAUUGGGGAAAGGGGAUCCGUCAGCGCGAAUGGCGUUGCCGUUCAAGUCGGCUUCCAGUCCGCCCAGAGUCUUCCUCGUGAGCAGAUGGAGCUUGACCGCGACCAGGGGUCCGUCCUUCGGGUCCAGGAUCUUACCUGGUUUCGCGAUGCGGCCGGACAGCUUAUCUGGCCAGUAGCUCCUGGCGUUGUGGAUGAGCAUGAUCUGGCCGUCUUUGCAGAAUUCAUUUUCAGUCUGGUCAUCGCGGAGGUGGACUUGUCGUCUCACUUCGUUGAAGUCUAAUUUGGGACCGCAUGGCUCUUCCUCCGCGAGACGGUUCAUGCCUUCCACGAGCUCUUCCAGGCUAUCCCUGAUCACCCAGUCCUUGCCGUGCUUCAUGAAAUUCUGCACGGGACCCGUGCCUUCCGAUGUGAAGAUUCGCUGGAGGAGAAGCGCGAUGCUCUUGUGCGUCAGGUCGGGGUUCUGCUCGGAACCCGACAGUGUGAACUCGCGGGAGAUGAUUGCCCGGUUGACGAUAAACCACGAGUAGUCAUAUCCAGUUGAGCAGAUGUGCUUCAGUGCGGCCAGAGUGUCCGCGCAUGGGUACAGAAAGGGCGGCAACCUGGUGCCAGUGGCAUCCAGCCAUAGGGGGGACGGACCGGGGAUAAUUCGGAUCCCAUGCAUCGGCCACAGGGGAUUCCAAUUACGCAUACCUUCAGUGUAAUGCCACAUACGGUGAGUGUUGAUAACGUUUGCUCCAGAUGCUUUGGCGAUGCCGAUCAUCCGGCCGUCGACGUGAGCCGGCACUCCCACGACAAACGAUUCGGGGACUCGGGGACCCAGACGGUCGGCCGGCCAGUGCUUCCUGAUAGCUUCAAUGUUGCCCCCGAUGCCGCCAGAUGCAAUUAGAACCGCUUUUCCGCGGAUAUCGAAACCGCCCGUCGUCUUGCGGGAUGUAGCAAUGCCCCGGUCGGCAUCUGUGGGCUCCAGAGUCUGGCCCUUGACCCCCAGCGCAGCACCGGUCUUGUCGUCAACAAUUAUCUCGUCCACACGGUGACGGAACUUGAACUCCACCAGUCCGUCCCUGGCGGCAGCCCUGACCGGUUCUGCAAAUAUGCGCACGACUUCAGGGCCACUGCCCCAGGCAAGGUGCAUUCGAGGGACAGAAUUGCCAUGUCCAUUGACAUCGCCGCAGCCUCUUUCGAGCCAUUCCACACCGGCGAAUUUCAGCCCGCGCUGCUUCACGAAGUCUUCCAUUUCAUCAGUAGCGAAAUUGACAAAUGCCUCCGCCCACCGGCGCGGCCAGUAAUCCUCCUUUUCGCCUCGGUCAAAGCCUGCAGAGUUCAUCCAGUCCUGCAUGGCAAGAUCGCGGCUAUCCUUGAUACCCAUACGGCGUUGUUCUGUUGAAUCCACGCAGAAAAGACCACCCAGGGACCAGUAGGCCUGUCCGCCCAGGCUUUUCUCAUUUUCCUGAUCAACGAUCACUACCUUGAUCUUGCGCUUGAUUAGCUCCGAGGCAGCAACAAGACCGGCGAGUCCACCGCCCACGAUGAUAACAGGGCCCCCGCAGGAAGGCAUGGUAUUUGAGUCACCUAUGGGGAUGCUAAUAGAUAUUAGAUGUGGUAUGUCCAGUUAAUCAAUCACCUCACGAGAUGGAAUUUAGUUUUCCCUUUUUUUUACUGAGG